AUGCUUGGUAUCAACUGUGUACUUCCCACGGAAGCUCAUAGCUGGUGCCUUUUGUUACGGUCAUUGAAGGUUUUCAGUAGAUUCGAAUUAAAAGCAUCUGCCUCACAGCUCUGUGCUGAGUGGAAGCGACCGAGUAGUGGACAGUGUAUGACCUGGAAACGAAGUAUGAAAACAGUAACCAAUAAACUUAGACGGGCCUUCAACCAAAAGCCAGGAGGCCAUCACUUCGAAUUUCUCUGGAAGUUCGCGAGAUGGUCCAAGUGGUUAGAGUGCGAAUUUACUAGGCGAGAGGCCCGGGUGGCAUGGCAGUUAGGCACCAAAAGGGUAUUACAGCUCAACGAUUGUUUUCGCGAGAUACACAUCGCUGAUAACUUACGACAAACACGAAAGAAUCAUACAAUGCUCCUCCACUAUUCUGCAUUAGCAAUGUAUCAUCUGGCGCCUCCGCACCAGUUCCAACCAGUACACAAGAGAGACUGGUGGGGCUCACGUGUGAGGAAUGUGGCAAGUGCUGCAAAUCGAAAGCUGGCUUGGUAG